UCUGACUAUUUCUUGAGUCCCUAUGACUUUGAUUCCAAACAUAAGAUAAGUAAAUAACUGGGUAGGAUUCUUGGAAAAUAAGACCUAAAAAACUAACUCCUAAAGAUCCUAGAAUGACCGAAAUGUGCCCAAAUUAUAUUUUACAAAGAAAACCUAAAUCAUGAAACUGAAAUUAUAUUAAGUAAUAAAAUAGAACCCUAAAUUGCUAAAAUUAAAGUUGCUCAAUGUAGAUUCUGAAUUAUCAAGGCUGUAUCAAUCUUUGAUUUCACAUCUAUUAACUAUAUGUUUUGUAAAUAUAAAGGCUAAAUAUAAAGGAUGCCUAUAAUUGACAAAUUUAAAGACAUGGGAACUGUUGUAAUGGGAAAGGUUGAAUCUGAUACCAUGCGUGAGGGUGAUUCCUAAUUGGUCAUGCCAAACAAGGUGCUUAGUCUUUCACCUAAUUUCUUUAUUUGUUUAUUUAUUGUUUAACUUCGACUCUGAAGUCCAAGAUGCAUGGAUGGCAGGCUCAAGUGAAAGUUCGUGUGAUUUACUGUGAUGAAGAUAAGGCUAUACGUGCUGGACCUAGUGAAAAUCUGCAGGUUAAGUUAUCUGGAAUUGAAGAAGAGAACGUAUUAUCUGGUUUUGUCUUGUGUAGUGUUGGUAAGUGCUUUAAAGAUUGUAAAAACUGAACGUUCUCACGUUUGAUCCCCUAAAGAGGAAAUUAGAUUAUAGAAAGUGGAGUUAAAAGGUAAAUAGUAGGAUAAUUUACAAAUUUGUUUGCAGAAAUAUUUCCAUUCUUUUGUAGUUUUUGAUAGCAAUGCUGGGAGAUCUUGGCCUCACCAUCCCUUUCUAUACUUAUUUUUUAAUUUUGAUUCUGAUGUGUUAUUUGUGAUUUUGUUUUAAAUCUUGCUGAAUUAUAUCCCCCCUUUUUUUUUCUUUUUUACUCAGCAAAACCAAUACCAACAGUCACUGAAUUUACAGCCCAGCUGCAGAUCCUUGAGUUGCUUGACAAUGCAAUAUUUACAGCUGGGAGCUCUCUUGCACAUUCAUUCUGUUGUUGAGGAAUGUGAGAUUGUUGAGCUGCUACAACAAAUUGAUCUCAAGACAAGAAACCCAUGAAAAAGAAGGUUCUAUUUGUUAAGAGUGGUGCUGUUGUUGUUUGCCGCAUGCAGGGGAACAACUUGAUUUGUGUUUGAGAGAUUCCCAGAUUUUGCACAACUUGGAAGGUUUACUCUUCGAACUGAAGGAAAAACAGUUGCAGUGGGAAAAGUCAUGGACAUUCCUUCAAGUGCCAGUGCAUAAAAAGGUUU